AUGGCCCUAUCAGCUGUUGACGUCAGUGCUUAUGGGGCCGUGCUUCCCCACCAAUACCUCUAUCUUGCCGGUGUCUUUGUCCUGGCCUAUGCACUGUACAAGUUUGCAACCUACACAGACAUCCCCUACAUCAGGGGAAUCCCGGAAAUCCCAGGUGCAAUCCCAGUAGCCGGCCAUCUCUUCAAGCUCGGCGAAGACCAUGCCACAACUUGCGAGAAGUGGUGGAAAGACUACGGCUGGUCUGUCUUCCAAAUUCGCCUCGGCAACACCCGCGCCGUUGUCUUCAAUUCGUUUGAAGACUGCCGCGACGUUCUCAUCAAACACCAGUCGGCCGUUAUUGACCGCCCCAAACUCUACACCUUCCAUGGUGUCAUCUCCUCGACUCAAGGCUUUACCAUUGGCUCAUCGCCUUGGGAUGCCAGCUGCAAGAACAAGCGGAAGGCUGCCGGCACAGCCCUCAGCCGGCCUGCAUUGCGGAACUACUAUCCCAUGUUCGAUCUGGAGAGUUUCUGCAUCGUUCGGGACAUGCAAAAGGACAGCAAGGCCGGCGAGCUUGAAAUCAGCGUCAGGCCUUACAUCCAACGAUACGCCCUGAACACAACCCUGACGCUCUGCUAUGGCAUCCGCAUGGACCAAGUCUACGACACCCUGCUCCGUGAGAUCCUGCACGUUGGUUCCGCCAUUUCGCUUCUUCGCAGUGCCUCGGAGAACUAUCAAGACUAUAUUCCAGCCUUGAGAUACCUGCCGAACAACGAGAAGAACAGGAGAUCCAAGGAGCUGCGCGCGAGAAGAGAUGCAUAUCUAAACCAUCUUCUGGAUAAGGUCCGCGAGAUGAUCAAGAAUGGCACAGACAAGCCCUGCAUUUCUGCCGCCAUCCUGAGGGACGAGGAGACAAAGUUGACUGGCGUCGAGGUCAGCUCCAUCUGCCUCUCUCUCGUCUCCGGCGGCUUCGAAACCAUUCCUGGGACUUUGACUUCCUGCAUUGGAUCUCUCUCCACACCAGAGGGUCAGAUCUUUCAGGAGCGUGCCUAUGCGGACAUCAAGAGAUACUAUCCAAACAUCAGUGACGCCUGGGAAAACAGCUACCAGGAGGAGAAGGUUCCUUACCUCCGCGCUCUGAUCCAGGAGGCCGGCCGAUACUACACUGUCAGCGCCAUGAGUCUUCCGCGUAAGACGGUUACCGAAGUCAACUGGAACGGUGCCGUCAUUCCACCAAAGACCAUGAUUCUCAUCAAUGCUCAAGCCGGAAACCAUGACACGAACCACUUCGGUCCCACUGGCAACAAGUUCGAUCCCGAGCGUUGGCUGGAGCCCAUCACCGCCGAGAACCAUAUGGGUCCAUUUGUUGAGAAGCCCCUGCACGGCGCUGCUCACCUAUCAUUCGGCGCUGGCGCUCGUGCCUGCUCCGGCCAGUAUAUCGCCGUCCGUCUGCUUUACGCCGCCUUGAUCCGCAUUAUUUCGUCUUAUCGCAUCGUCGCGAGCGAAUCGGAGCCGCCAAACACCGACUACGUCGACUACAACCAAUUUAAAACAGCACUUGUCGCUAUCCCAAGGGACUUCAAGGUGAGGUUGAUACCAAGAGAUAACGGCAUGACAGAAGAUUGCCUGGCUUCGGCAUUUGAGCGUACCAAGCAGCACUACAAAGAGGACGUGAAGGGCUUUGAGGGAUAUGACUAA